AUGUUAUUCAUUCUUCCACUUCUUGCCUGUAUUACCGCGGUGCAGGGCCUUACCAUUCCCCGCGAUGCAGCUCCAGUACUCUCCAGCCUCGACACAAUAACAGGCCAGCUGCACAGUUUGGGAGGCCUGGUCCAGAAAUUCAGCGGCGGUGGCAAUGGAACACUUGCAGCUCUUGAAAUCCAGGGCAAGACAGGCGACCUCAAAACAACGGUUGACAACGGCACCACUGCAAUCAAGAAGAUCGAGCCACUUGACGAAGGCGACUCUUCCAAAGUGGUCAAUGUCGUGGUAGAGCUGCAGUCGGAUAUUUAUGACCUCCUGGAUCUGCUAGUGGACAAGAAGCCGGCUUUCGAUACUGCGAUUCUGGGAGUCGGGUCGGCCAGCUUUCUGGUGAAGAUUGACUUGGAGGGCCUUCAGAAGAGCACCGGGCAGUUAGGAGAGGCGAUUACUUCCAAGCUAGUGGAGGAGUUGAAGCGCCUGGCCCCGUUGGUGACUUCUGAUAUCGACUUUCAUUUUGCGCAGGCCAUUAAAGCGUUUUCGUGA